AAAUAUAUAUUUUCAAAUUAAAUUACAAUUAAUAAGUGAACAAGUUUACUAAUAUUAAUAUAUUUUUUCUGAUCGGAUAAAUAUUCAUUAGUUAAGACCUCUAUAUUUAUUUUAUUCAACACACGUGUUUUAACCGAAAACGACAUCAUAACUUUGUGAGGUUUGUAAAUAUUAACAAAAUAAUAACCUAUUUCACUUUUCUUUUUUUUGUGGGUAGCUGUGAAACACAACAGACGAAUUUAUUACACCUCUCUAUUUAAAAUUUAUUUGUUAAUUAUUUAACACAAAGAUUUUUAAUUUUACUUAUAUGCAUUUCUAAAUUUAAUCUAUUAUCUACCUGCUGUGAUAAUUUUCCUUUCGUUCUUUUCACUCCAUAUCAUAUAAAAUGGACACACUGCACAAUACAAUGGCGGGUAUGAUGGAGCACUUUAAUAAGACUAUGGCUGAGUUCCAAAACCAGUUGCAGAAGGCGAACAACACACCAGCUACUGUGCCUUCACUUGAAUCUGAUUUUGUCACUUUCCGAAGCUUUAUCACAACUGCACUCACUAGUCUUCAGAAGCAAGUGGAAAUUAUCGCCCGCCAACAAGAACAGAUGGAGAUGCGUAGUCGACGCAAAAUGAUGUUGCUGCAUGGAGUGCCGGAGUCACAACAGGAAUCUGUAGCUCAGGUGGUAGCAAAGGUCAUUAUGGACAAACUGGACAUAGAGGACUUCACUGCAGGGCAAAUCUCUCGGUGUCAUCGUCUUGGUCGAUCAUUAAAAGAGAAGCCUCGUCCAAUAGUUGUGAAGUUCCGCGACUUAGACGUAAGGAAUGAGGUAUGGUAUGCUAAGACUAAACUUAAGGGCAGCGGGAUCACCAUGUCAGAAUUUAUGACUGCGGCCAGACACAGCGUAUUCAUGGCAGCUCGACAACACUUUGGCAUUAAAAAGUGUUGGUCGCAUGAUGGCUACAUCGUUGUCGCUGAUGGUGAUGGUACAAGGCAUCGCAUAAGCUGUUGUAGUGAGCUAAACCAGCUGAUUAGCUCUUUGCCAGCCACAGCAGUACAAUCUGCAUCGACCCCAGUUAUUGCCAAAGACCCUUCUGUUGCUACGGCUCGAUCUAAACGCCAUAGAAAGUAGUUAUUGUACAUUAUUAUUUUAUGUUGAGUUUUCUUGUUACUGUAUCACUGUAGUAUACGCACUUUCUAUUUUGUUUUACCCUAGCAAUUCUUAUUUUUUAUCUUACCUACGAAUUAUGUUUUAAAUAUAUUUUUCGUAAACAAUUAGAUCAAAUGUCAAUUAAGCUAAAGAAAUCUUUGUGUAUUUAAAACUGUCAAGUGAAUGUCAAGUGUAUCUGUAUAGUGUCAAAUUUAAAUGUCAUUGUCUGUCUUGAUUAGUGUUGUCAGCACUUAAAAUAAUUUUCUUAGUGACGUUCC